GCCACCACGGCCUGGAAACGGUCCCCGAGGAUCAGCUGCCAAGGGUGACCCGCUCGGGCGAGCACUGAGAAGCGGGUCCGAGCAGCCGCGAGGCUUCAGGCUCGGCUCGCUCCAGCGGCCACACGCGCCCAUCACCCACGAGCCACGACGUCAGAGGCCGGCGGAGACCCCAGCGCGCUGACCUCUCAGCUGCCCUCCUCGGAGUCGCCGGUCCCUCCCCUCCCGGACGCUCCCGGGAGGGCUCCCAGGCUCCGCCCCGGGGCCGACCGGGCGCCCGCCGCCCCCCGCACCCCGCGCUGCGCGGCUGCCAUGACAACGCGGCGCCACCGCCGCCUCUUCACGCACGUCGCGAACUAACGGACUCGGCGGCGGCGGCCAGCGCCCCGCCCCCACCCCACCUGGGCGGCAUCACUAACGGCCGGCCGGCCUGCGGCAGGUCCCUCAAAGAAGAUGAAUUUGGCUGAGAUUUGUGACAAUGCAAAGAAAGGAAGGGAAUAUGCACUUCUUGGAAAUUAUGACUCAUCGAUGGUAUAUUACCAGGGAGUGAUCCAGCAGAUUCAUAGACACUGUCAGUCUGUCAGAGACCCUGCUGUGAAGGGCAAAUGGCAACAGGUUCGACAGGAAUUAUUAGAAGAAUAUGAGCAAGUUAAAAGCAUUGUCAGCACUUUAGAAAGUUUUAAAAUCGAUAAGCCCCCAGAUUUUCCUGUGUCCUACCAAGAUGAGCCAUUUAGAGAUCCAGCUGUUUGGCCACCUCCUGUACCUGCAGAACACAGAGCUCCACCUCAGAUAAGGCGUCCCAAUCGAGAAGUAAGACCUCUGAGGAAAGAUGUGGCGGGCGUAGGAGCCCGGGGACCUGUAGGCCGAGCACAUCCAAUAUCAAAGAGCGAAAAACCCUCCACGAGUAAGGACAAGGACUACAGAGCAAGAGGGAGAGAUGACAAGGGAAGAAAAAAUAUGCAAGAUGGUGCAAGCGACGGUGAUAUUCUGAAAUUUGAUGGUGCUGGAUAUGAUAAAGACCUGGUGGAAGCUCUCGAGAGAGAUAUUGUAUCCAGGAAUCCUAGCAUUCACUGGGAUGACAUAGCAGACCUGGAGGAAGCUAAGAAGUUGUUGAGGGAAGCUGUUGUUCUUCCAAUGUGGAUGCCUGAUUUUUUCAAAGGGAUUCGAAGACCAUGGAAGGGUGUGCUGAUGGUCGGGCCCCCAGGCACUGGUAAAACGAUGCUCGCAAAAGCUGUUGCCACGGAAUGUGGCACAACGUUCUUCAAUGUUUCCUCUUCCACUCUGACAUCUAAAUACAGAGGAGAAUCAGAGAAGCUGGUUCGUCUGUUGUUUGAAAUGGCUAGAUUUUAUGCUCCUACCACGAUCUUCAUUGAUGAGAUAGAUUCCAUCUGCAGUCGAAGAGGAACCUCUGAUGAACAUGAGGCAAGUCGCAGAGUCAAGUCCGAGCUGCUUAUUCAGAUGGAUGGAGUUGGAGGAGCGCUCGAGAAUGAUGAUCCUUCCAAAAUGGUCAUGGUAUUGGCUGCUACGAACUUCCCAUGGGACAUUGAUGAAGCUCUGCGGAGGAGAUUAGAGAAAAGAAUCUAUAUACCUCUCCCCACAGCCAAGGGAAGAACUGACCUUCUGAAGAUCAAUCUAAGAGAAGUUGAACUGGAUCCUGAUAUUCAGCUGGAAGACAUAGCAGAGAAGAUUGAAGGCUACUCUGGUGCUGAUAUAACUAAUGUUUGCAGGGAUGCUUCUUUAAUGGCAAUGAGACGGCGAAUCAAUGGCUUAAGUCCUGAAGAGAUUCGUGCGCUUUCUAAGGAGGAGCUUCAGAUGCCUGUGACCAAAGGGGACUUUGACUUGGCUCUUAAGAAAAUUGCUAAGUCUGUCUCUGAUGCAGACUUAGAGAAGUAUGAAAAAUGGAUGACCGAAUUUGGAUCUGCUUGAAUUUCUGUUGUCUCCUUUAUGUUUUGGUACUUUCGUUUGUGAAUGUGAAGAAAUCCUUGCAUUUCCCCUGCCUUAAAAUCAGGUUUUAAAGAAAUGCAGCUAGACUCCAAAUUUGGGCUAAAUUAACCUUAGGUUGUCAAAGUCAUUAUUGCUGAAUUAAUAAUAACAGAAAUCAAAAGACAGAAAAUUGGGAAGGCUUUUAGUGAAAGAAAAUGUAACCUAAAUACAUGAGGAAUGUGAAAUGGUAAGAAAUAAGGAAUGCUUCCGUAGAGGCCUUGGUAGUCUCUGCCUGCUUUCCUCUAGCCCACACAUUCAUGCGUUACUUGCACACCCAAACCAGUGGACACAGAAGACUGAAGAGAGUGAUUGGUGCGCUACUGUAGAAACUGUUUACAAAAAAAGAUUUAGAAAGACUUCUACUCCCCACUAGCUUGGUUUUGUUUUGUUUUUCUAUUCAUUACUCUGAAUACAAGGGACCUAUAUAUGUUGAUUUUUAACAUCAAAGCUGUGUCAAAUUCAUGAUGAAGAAGAGAAAAGGGAUAGUUUCAGAUAAAAUAAGUUGCCCGUUAAGCCCUUAGAAUUCAGCUGUUGUAGAGACUUUCAUAUAGUUAGAAUUUUAAUCCUCUUCCCCCAUGAUGUCUCAUGUUGUGUUUUUUUAGUAAUCUAAUAACUUGUUGAAAUUAAUAGGUAAGUGUUUAUUAUUGUGAAUAUUUACUGUUGCUUUAUUAUUGUGAAUCAUUUUGCCAGGUUUUUCUCAUUUUUAGUAUCUUUUUCUUCUUGGCACUUCUUAAAUUUCAUAUGGGAAGGGUUGGAAGAAUAUUAUAGUUUAUAUAUUAUUUAAAAAUGUUUAUAUGUCUUUAUAGUAUUCCACAUUUCUUUCAAUAUGUUCAAACAAGAUAUGCCCUCCAUUUCUCUCAUAUCACAAUCACGAUCACGAAAUCCCAUUAAUCAUCGAUUUCUCGAGCGGGCUCAGUAACCUCUCAAUUCGUCCUUUCCCUGAGAGCUUAGAAGUCUCUCGACUCUGCCCUCCCAAUGAUGUCACACUGGAGGCUCUUUCAGGGUCAGGGGAAUGAGAUCCAUCUUGUUACUGGAUUUAGCAUAUGAAUACACCAUGGGAAGCUUGCAAGGCUGUCCCAUGUGGGCAGGAAACUCUCAGAAGCUUCUCCGUUUCUCCCAGAGGGAGAAGUAUUGCUUCUAGGAGCUCACUUUUAAGUCUCUGGAUGUUGGCUAUUGAUGGAAUUACACACACCUGGGUUCCUCUGCCGGUACCUUCAUGCGUGAGGCCUGUCCGAACGUGUGGAGAGGGGCCUCGAGCAUGGCUAUGGCUAGGUUCCUGUGGUCUUCUGCCUCCGGGAGCUCUGCUCGGGGUGGGGAGGGAAGCUGGAGCCCAUCCCCUCUGAGGGGCCCUGGGGAGGACAGCCAGGCGUGCGGGCAAGAGACUCUUUUCUCAUAUAUCAUUUGAUUUUCCUGAAUUUGACUUAUCAUUUUCUAAAUAAUUACUUUGGAAUUCUAAGCAAGUUCACUCUUAUGGCUAAUACAAAGCAAAAUAAAGUAAAAUCUUUAUAGUUCUUAAGACAACUUAACAAAAUAUUACACAUAAUGAGAAAUGUUCGUUUGAAAAUUUAAAAAUUGUUCCUUGUCUAGGCUGAGAACUUGUACUCACAAGAUUAUGAUAGAAAUUUAACAUAAUAUUCAGUUCAGUAGGAAUUAGAUAAUAGAAAAAAGGCUAUAAAAACAUAUCUAAUCACAAAUAUGCAUUUAAGAUUAUAUUUAUCCUAUUUUUAUUGGAUGACCUGUGCUUUAGUGGACAAACUUUUAAAGAAAAAUAUGUGUUUGAAAGUAUUCUGGAUUUUCAAUAUUGAACUACACUUACUGGCUUAAAACAAUAUAAUUUUUUUUAGAUACUUAAAGCAUUUCUUACUAACUUGCUUUAAGAGAUGCUUUUCCUGUUGCCAGAGAGAUAGUACAGUGGGUAAGGCAGUUGGCUUCACAUGGCUGACCCCAAUUUGGUCCCUGGAACCCCGUGUGGUCCCCUGAGCACAGUCAGGAGUGAUCUUUGAGUACAUAUGAGCAGUAAGCCCUGAGCACCACUCUAUGGGACCCCACACCCCAAAUAAACGAUUUUCCCCUUAGAACCAUGUAAUUUUCAGAUAAUUUAAGUCUGACUCUGAACUCCAGUAUUCGUGUAAAGCUAUUUACUCCCCCAUUCCUCGUAGGUAUAGAUUAUAGGAGUUAAAGUCAUGAUUUUAACGGAAAUAGCUUUUAAAACUUGUAAAUAGGUAAGUUUCUUUUUAUUCUUUUCUGUAUGUGCUUCUAAAAUAAAAGACCCACUCAGGUGAUGGAGCGGACUGUACAGGCCCACUCAGCCGAUGGAGCAGAUUGUUGCCCUCCAGGCACAUGUUUUCUUCUGAAGACCAGGGUUGGUUGUGAAGAUAACAGUUGUGCUUCGAUGGCCAGAUCUUGUUUUGCUUAUUUAAGUUGAUUUCUUCUAGAUUAUUUUCCUGGAUUUUGUGUAUUUGUCUCCCCCUUGGCCCCUUGAUUUCUUUAUGGAUAAUGAUUUGGUAAUUAUGAUUUAAAAAUUUUCCCAGGAAGGUUGGCCUUGAAGAUGGAAACUUUCCUGGAAGCUAACUUUUACUGUGUUUGUGAGUGAGGUGUCCUCUUUAAUUUCCUUUGUUCUGCAUUUUGCCUUUUCCCAGGUGUGGGUAGUGAGUGAAUGUUUUGUAUCUUAAACACCUCAAAGGAUUGGUGAUCUAUCUAAAGCACAUUGUACACACAUUGUAUUUUUUGAGAGAGAGUGUGCAUUAACAAGUAGUUGUAAUUUGUGAGAUAGUUGUCUUUUGCUUUUAUUUUUUUCUAUGUUGCUUGAUCCAAUCAGAAAUAUUUGGGUCUAAAACCCUCAUAUUUCGGAUCCUAUGACAGUGCUGUUAGGACCGUGUAUGGACUAGUUCUGUUAUGCAGGUAUCCGAUCGAUUCCUCAGUGGAUAGUAUUAGUUUGAAUGGUGAAUAUCCCCUCUACUGGGUGCUGGGUAUUCACACAGUACACCAGGAACUCAGGUUCCACAUUGUAGCCUCAGACUCUAACAUAUGGAACAUGAGUUCAGCCAUAAAUACAGAGGGCACUAAACUCUGCUUCUUUGCUUUGGAAAAAGAGUAUAUAAAGGCUCUCUUCUCUUUUGUGUUGUAAAUGGUUUAAAAUUAGAAUGGAUUUUCAUUUGUUUGGGCAAUAUAGCUGUUGCAGAUCUAGUUAUUUCUAUUAUUCCUUUCAUUUCUCAGAUACAUGUUGAUUGUAAACAGGUACAUAUAUAAUUAUGAUGAACAUGUGAAUACAUUACAUGGUUGUUAGAAACAGUUUGCUUAUAGUAUUUUUGUCUUAUUUUUUGUUUUGGGAGCCACACCUGGCGGUGCUCAAAAGUUACUCCUGGUUCUGCACUUAGAGAUCACUCCUGGCGGGCUCAGGGGACCAAAUGUGGUGCCAGGUACCAAACCCAGAUAGUCCAUGUGUAAGGCAAGCACCUUACCCGCUCUACUGUUGCUCCAGCCCAUAAUUUCUUUUUUUAAGGAAUAAUAUUAAUACUGAUGAUGUGAACUAUGCGAAUGACUUUAAUGUAGUCUGAAAUCUCCCAGUAGAAGAUAGAAAAUAAACACUGCAUCAUAAACCCUGACUUCUGGCCAGUAACAAAUAUAGCCACUUCAGAAUGACCCAAUCCUCUGCCUCCAACACCAAGACAGCUUGGAAGGAGCAUGUUGUACCUGGCUGCAUGGCUUCCCCUAUCAUAAAAACAUUGCAGUUUUUACGAGGUGAUGGCUUACUAUCAAAAUGUCAGUCAAAAUACUGACUUAUAAACGUUUGCUCAAAAAGUGAGCAGUUAUCUAGUGACUAUAUUAUGCACAUCCAUCCAGAUGACGUAGGAGAAAAAUGCAUGCAUAGAGCCCAAGUGUACAAUAGAAUCUUACUUUUGUACUUCACUGCAAGUAGCCUGCCUCUGUUGCACUUGAAAAUUUUGAUACUCUAUAGGUUUUGAGUAGCACUCGUGCUCGAAUACCUUUCUUGGAAGUCUUCACAUACAUUGUUAGAUCCCUGAUCAAAAUGAGCAAUCAGUUGACAGACUAGGGUUCUAUUUUUCGAUCCCCUGUCUUGCAAUGAGUGAAGGCUCAGACCGGGAUUUCUCUUUGUACGGGGUUCAACUUCUUUCAGUAUUGUCUGGAUUAGUGAGUAUUUCUGUUUUUGUAUUUGGUACUAAGCUAGAUUCCCAUUGUUCAUACUAGUGUAUUAAUAAUAAUUGCAAAUUUUCUUAGGGAUGUGUAUGGCAUGACAUGUUAAGGAUAUAUGCUGGCCUUUUUCUAAGAAAGGGUCAUCUUGAUAUGUCUGAGAAAACAAUAGUAAUUACUCUUGUCACAUUUUCUCCUUUGUCCCGUAACUCUCUAAUCAUCUAAUAAUAUUUACCUAACACUUAAUUUGUGAUGCACAUAAUGCUUACAUGAAGCAAAGAAUAUGUCAAAAUAGAAAGAGUAGAGAUUAUAGUUGAAUGGCUUAUUAGGAGGAUAGAAAUAUUGAAACUGUAAAUGUUUUAUUCUAAUCUUCACAAUUUUUGCAGAAAGUGCUAAAAACUGUUGUAAUUACCAUGUUUACUUAUUUAUACUUUUAAAUUAUGCUUUUCAUAGUUAUUUAUUUUUGAGACAUUUGCUUUUAAUAUUUAACAUAGAAACUAUAUUUAAAAAUGAAAUACUAUAUAGAUAUGUUUUUAGAUACUCAGAAGUUAACAAUAAUUUUUUUAGUUUUCAAUUAGUUUUUUUUGUCUCUAGACAGUACUUUAAUUUUAAUACUUCUAGGAUUUCAGGUGACUUGUUAAUAAUAACAGUAAAAAAUUAAGUUCAUGUCCUAAAAUUUAUCUUUUUUAUUUAUUUUUUUGUUUCAGUUCAUGAUUUACCUUAUUUGAAUAUCUAAAUAACCUGAAUACUGCUUUAUCACUAGCAGUAAGUACCUUUGUAUGCAUUUGGAAAUUUGGUACAACAAAUUUGGUACAACAAAUAGGGAAUUAAUACAGGUGUUUUUCUCCUCUGAAAGGGCUCCCUAUGAUUCAAUUUUUAAUACUAUUAAAUGCACUUUGAUCACACAACCUCUGAAGUGGCUAUAUUAUUGCCCUUUGGGAAACCAGAAUCUGCACUCUGUCUACCUCAGCUAACCAGGCUUAGUUUUCAGUGGGAAUGAAUUGAAACCAAAUUUGAAUUCAGUUCAGCCUCUGUGCAGAUUUGUUCAAGUACUUCCUUUUCUCUCAUCUUGCCCUCUGCCCCUUAAUUUAUUUUUAACCUUGGAGUUCUUUGUUUCAAAUUGUUGUCUUCUUCUACAAAGGCUUAUAUUCCAAAUUAAGCCUCCCUGGAAUAUUUGUGUUCUUCUUCCUCCUCUCACCUUCCAGAUGUGAAUGUUUCUUUCCAAGGAGCAGUUUCCGGGCACUACACAUAGGCUCCCAUUCUCUCAUUGCUUCAUAUAAAUGAACUAAUGUGACAUUAAAAACCUGGAACCUAACUGCUCAUGUGUCCUUCCUCUAAAAACCUAAGACUACUGUCUUCACUUAAUUGCUGUGAAUUCCAAGUGUAAGUGUAUGGACACUGCAACUUUCAGCGACAAGACAUAUAACAAAAGUCCUCCAGUGAAAUGGGUUCAGUGCUGCUGGGAUUAUUUUUUCUCAUCAAAGGUUUAAUGAAACACGAACAAAAGGACAUCACUGCAGCACCUGCAGUAUUUUGUGAAAAUACACAGAAAUGCUCUUUUCACCUGGUGGUUUAGCAGCAGGGAUUUCCAUUCAGUUGACAUUGCCUGGACACAGUGUCCACUGAGAUCACAACUUCUUACCAUAGUUUAUAAGUGUAUUGUACAGACUUUUGUUUCAGUGUUUGUCUCCCAGUAUUUUGAGCCUAAAUAAAAGACCACAGUUUGUAAAUUAUAUUUAAAUUAAAUGUGCUUUUUUUUUUUUUUACAUUUUGUGUUACUACUCUGCUAGUCUCGUGAACUUCAUUUUACUUGAACAUAGGAUGUAACUUGGUAAUUUCUAGAGUGUUGCUUGUCACUGUUUCCUUUAUGAUUCACAUUUGAUCUCUAAUCCCUAGUCACCUGCCACCAGUGGGGGAAAAAAGCCCUCCUUGGAUCUGGAAUGACUUCCCAGAGUUUUAGUUCUUAAAAUAACAUACACUGUAAACCCCGUGUUUUGUGUUUGCUAUAAAUUAUAUUAAUAAUUUUAAGGUUUUUGCAAUGAAGCGUGGGGUUUUAAUGAAUUCUAAUUGGUUUAAUAAAUACACUUACUUGGGUGGCACUGUUGCACAAUAAAUGUUCCAUGCGGUAAUUUUUCUGGA